AUGGCCACCCGCAUCGUCAGCGUCACAGUUCAAGGUGCGCUCCUCGCCGCAGCCUCCAAUGCCAUAGCCCAGGGUUUCACCAUCUACCGCGAGCGAUCCCUCUCUGCCUUCGAUCCUUCCCCAUUUUUCCAAUUUGUGGUAUUCUCGAUCCUGAACACUCCUCCGAACUACAUGUGGCAGUUGUGGCUGGAAGAGAACUUCCCGGGAACGGCGAAGAAGGAGGAGAAACCCGCUUCUGCUUUGGACGAGAAGAAGAAGGCGAAGAGCGACGGCGCAAAACUAGACGAGAAAGACACAGAGUCUCUGUCGAUAACGAAUACGAUCAUCAAAUUUGUGCUGGACCAGUCCGUAGGCGCAGUCUACAAUACUGCGGCUUUCAUCGUCAUCAUCGGUCUGCUGAGGGGCGCCACGUACACGCAGACUGUGGAUGCGUUGAAAAGAGACUUUUGGCCCAUGAUGAUCGCGGGAUACAAGUUCUGGCCUUUGGUUUCACUCCUCAACCUGGCCGUGGUCCCUGUUGAACAGAGAAUGCUUGUGGGUGGGUUGGCCGGGUUGGCUUGGGGUGUUUAUGUGAGUCUCAUGGCAAUAUGA